AACACCACAUGGUGAUCAGCUCGAGUUGCUCGGCGUGCACAAAGCUGAGAUGGAUCUUUGCACUGCUUCUCAGCCUGGCCACGGUCAGUCAAGUCCGAGCCCAGCCCAGUCUUGGGUUUGUAAACAUCGAUUGUGGAUGGACAAACAGUACUAGUAACUACACAGAUAGCAUCACAGGAUUACAGUACUAUUCUGACGGUGACUUAGUCGGGGGUGGUUUCAACCACGAGAUGUCACCAGAAUUCAUGGCUGGUGCAGGCAAUGAGCAGCAAAAAACCCUGAGGAGCUUCCCUCACGGCUCAAGAAAUUGCUAUACACUAAAAUCCAACGUCAAUAAUAAGUAUCUGCUGAGGGCCACUUUUACUUACGGCAACUACGAUAGGUUGAACAAGACUCUGGAUGGAUCGCUGUUCCUUUUUGGGCUCCAUAUCGGCGUCAAUUUCUGGGAGGCGGUGAACAUGACAAAUUGGGAUCCAUCAUUGACGGUAUGGAAGGAGGUGCUCACCGUUGCUCCGGACAACUCCGUGUCCGUCUGUCUGAUAAACUAUGGUUCAGGAACUCCAUUCAUAUCUUCGUUGGAGCUUAGGCCCCUCGACGAUACCAUGUACACUUUUGUUAAUACUUCAGUAUCCAUCAGCUACUUUCAGCGGUUCAGAUUUGGCAACGUCACCGACUUAUUCACAAGAUAUCCGACGGAUCCUUAUGACCGGUUCUGGAAGAGAUGGGACCUCACGUCAUACCCCUGGAUCAACCUGCACACUAGACACACAGUGCGGCCCCCCCCUGACAGCAACAACGGUUUUAACGUUCCGUCAGCCAUCUUGCAGAAGGCCUCGACCCUAGACACGAACUACUCCUUCAUAAGCAUUAAUGUGGUACAGGGUCCGAAUCUAGCAGACGCCAGGAGCCUACAACUUCUCCCAAUCUUUCACUUCGCCGAGAUCAGCGAGAGCAAGCUGAACAGGAUGUUUGACAUCUACAGCGACGGAGAUAUGCUGUUCCCAGACUACACCCCGUCGAAAUACCCGAUGGAAAUGUACCAGGCCGGGCAGUUCCUGCAAAACGCCUCUGCGAACUUCUUAUUGAACAAGACAACCAACUCGAGUCUUCCACCCAGCAUCAACGCGUUCGAGGUGUACUCGCUUGUUCGGAUGGAGAAUCGCACCACUGACUCCGAUGAUGUCAAUAAGAUAAAAGAGAUCAAGGUGCAAUACAAUUUGGGACGAAUAAGCUGGAAUGGAGAUCCAUGCUCCCCAAGAAACUAUAUAUGGGAAGGUUUGACUUGCGACUACUCUAAGAGCCUCCCGAAUCCGAGGAUUGUCACGCUAAACCUGUCUUCCUGCGGGCUGAAAGGUGUGUUAGCCAUAUCAUUCAUGAACAUGGUAUCCCUGGAAAACGUGGAUUUAUCACACAACAACCUGACGGGAGCUAUUCCAGACUAUCAACUUAAGUCACUCAAAAUUCUCAACUUGUCCAAUAACCAGCUAGAUGGGCCAAUCCCUGAUUCUAUUCUUCAAAGAGUUCGGGCUGGUUUGCUUGAUUUAAGAUUAGAAGGCAAUCCCAUAUGCUCAAAAUUCAAAGAUACGUACUGCUCAAAUAAGAAGAAGAAGACGAGCAUACAAAUCUUGCUCAUCGCAGUGAUAGUUCCUGUAGUACUGAUAUCCCUCCUAGUAGUAAUGUGCAUUCUCUGGACGUUAUGCUGGAAAGGGAAAUCAGGAGACAAUGAGGACUAUGCUAUGUAUGAAGAAGAAACCCCCCUACAUAUUGACAUCAGAAGGUUCACCUAUGCAGAGCUGAAGCUCAUAACAGAUGAAUUCAAAACAAUUGUUGGAAAAGGUGGUUUCGGUAUUGUUUAUUAUGGCACACUAGAAAAUGGUGACGAAGUAGCUGUUAAGGUGCUUAUGGAGACAUCAAUAGCAGAGUCAAAAGACUUCCUCCCUGAGGUACAAACGUUGUCCAAAGUUCAUCACAAGAAUCUUGUGGCUUUGAAAGGAUAUUGCCAAAACAAGAAAUGCCUCGCACUCGUUUAUGACUUCAUGUCCAGAGGAAAUCUUCAACAACUUAUCAGAGGAGGAGAUGACUAUAGCUUGAACUGGGAACAACGACUUCAUAUUGCACUUGAUUCUGCACAAGGACUGGAGUAUCUACAUGAAUCAUGCACCCCGUCAAUAGUUCACAGAGAUGUGAAGACCCCCAACAUCCUUCUGGACAAGAAUCUAGUGGGGAUAAUAUCUGAUUUUGGGCUUUCACGGGCUUUUAAUGAUGCUCACACGCACAUAUCUACUGUUGCUGCUGGCACUCUCGGCUACCUCGACCCUGAGUACCAUGCAACUUUUCAACUCACAGUCAAGACAGAUGUAUACAGCUUCGGCAUCGUGCUCUUGGAGAUCAUCACUGGCCAGCCCCCGGUAGUGAUAGAGCCGCCUCAUACCUUCCACCUACCAAACUGGGUACGCCAAAAGAUUUCCAAAGGCAGUAUUCAUGAUAUCGUAGAUAAGAGACUAUUGGAUCUGUACGACGCUAGUUCACUGCAGAGUGUGGUGGACCUUGCCAUGAACUGCGUUGAAAACGCAGCCAUUGACUCCUCGAAAUAG